AUGCGGAUUCUAGUGACAGGAGCCACGGGCUUCCUAGGCACGGCGCUUGUAGCGCGGCUCGUUGAAGUGGGACACAAUCAGCGCGCCAUAUUGGCUGCGGCGGAGGGCUGCGAGGCGGAGUUCCACCUGGCGGCGCUCGUGCAGGCGUGGUGGCCCGACGAACGCGCGUUCCAGCGGGUGAGGCGUUGGAGCGGGGGCCUGCGGGAGGGGCUGAGGGAGGGGCUGCGGGAGGGGCUGAGGGAGGGGCUGAGGGAGGGGCUGCGGGAGGGGCUGCGGGAGGGGCUGCGGGAGGGGCUGAGGGAGGGGCUGAGGGAGGGGCUGCGGGAGGGGCUGCGGGAGGGGCUGAGGGAGGGGCUGCGGGAGGGGCUGCGGGAGGGGCUGCGAGAGGGGCUGAGGGAGGGGCUGAGGGAGGGGCUGAGGGAGGGGCUGAGGGAGGGGCUGAGGGAGGGGCUGAGGGAGGGGCUGAGGGAGGGGCUGAGGGAGGGGGUGAGGGAGGGGCUGAGGGAGGGGCUGAGGGAGGGGGUGAGGGAGGGGGAGGGAGGGGCUGAGGGAGGGGCUGAGGGAGGGGGUGAGGGAGGGGCUGAGGGAGGGGCUGAGGGAGGGGCUGAGGGAGGGGCUGAGGGAGGGGCUGAGGGAGGGGCUGAGGGAGGGGCUGAGGGAGGGGCUGAGGGAGGGGCUGAGGGAGGGGCUGAGGGAGAAGACAGAGACGAUGGGUGGUGGUGGGUGGUGGGAGACGACCCCAAGCCAUGCCUCAUCCCGUUCCCCCCGUCACAGGAGCACAAGGGCCGUGACUUCUGCACGGAGUACGAGCGCACCAAGUGGUUGGCAGAGGGUGUGGCGAGGCGGGCGGUGGAGGUUGAGGGACUGGAUGUGGUGCUCGUGUACCCGUGUGUCAUCUAUGGACCCGGCAGGAUCAGCGCUUCUAACCUGGUCGUCAAGAUGAUCGCCGACCACUUCCAGGGCCGCCUGCCCGGGCUGCUGGGCAGCGGCACGCGCCUCAACAAUUUCGUCCACGUCAACGACGUGGUCCUCGGCCUGCUCGCCACCCUCAACCGCGGCACGCCCGGGCGGCGCUACAUCUUGGGCGGCGAGAACGCGUCCAUGCUGCAGCUGUUCCAGGCUGUGCACCGCGCCACGGGCAAGGCCCCCCCACGGCUGCGCCUGCCGCUGUGGUUGGUGGCGGUGCUGGGGUGGGUGUCCGUGCUGGUCGCUAAAAUGGGCGGACCUAUUCCGAUCUUUACUCACCAGUCAGUGCACGCAUUCAACCACGACUGGGCGUACAGCAGCGCGCAGGCACAGCAGGACCUCGAGUACUCACCGCUCUCACUGGACGACGGCCUUCGAGACACGCUCACGUGGAUGCGAGCAGUGGGGGCCAUUAAGUAUUAG